AGAAGGUCGGACUGUCCGUGUUUUGUCCGAUUCUCCCGCACGCCCAAGUCGUAAAAACUAUCGUGGGUAUAUAAAGAGCCCGGUGAACCAUUUCCAAUCAUCAGUUCUACCUUUGAACAGUCCAGUCCACUCUACACUCAGCAAACAUGAAGUUCAUCGUUUUGGCCACUUUGAUCGCUGCGGCUCUCGCUGCUGAACUUCCCGCUUAUCCUCAACCUUCCUACCCGGCCCCAGCUGCUGCUGGUUACGCCAAAGCCGAAGAAUACCCACCCAUGCCGUACAGCUUCGAUUGGGCCGUCAAGGAUGACGAGAGCAAGAACGACUACGGACACAAGGAAACCAGCGAUGGCAAAGUCGUGACCGGAUCUUACCGCGUUGUCCUGCCCGAUGGCCGCACUCAGAUCGUGACUUACAAGGCCGAUGAGAACGGCUACGUCGCCGACGUGAAAUACGAAGGAGAAGCCCAAUACCCCGCACCCGAAUACAAGCCGGCCGACAAACCUUCGUAUUAAAUCUUAACUCUUUCAAACGAAAACACGUGUUGUAAUAUAUUCAAAAAUACAUUGGCGAAUUUUCAGAAAAAAACAAAAA